UUGCUAUCCCUCUUCUGCUCCAGAGCGCUUCGGGGGGCGAAGCGAGCCGCAUCGGAGCUGAGCCGCCGAGUUCCAGACGCCAUGCCUGUAUCGGAUCCGCGCGGAGAUGCAGGCCGCUGGGCCAACGUCAGCUACCGGGUGCGCCAGCCGAAUGCUCCAGAGCCGGCGCCCAGAAGGAAGAAAUACUGGUUUCACAAAUUUUGCCGUUGCUGCGCGGGCCAGCGAGAUGACACUGAUUGGACACCGGCGCCCGGCGAGGUCCCGGGAGCCCGGCGGACGGAUCCCGUCAUCCGGGAGGGCAUGCUGGUCAUCCAAAAGAUUGAUCUAAUGAGCGGCCGCACGGGCAGCAACCGGCGUGCCCACCACACCGACGAGUACGAGUACGACAACCUCAUCAUCCGCCGCGGGCAGCCCUUCGAGAUGAAGCUUCAUUUCCAACAGCCGUACGAUUCCGAGGACCACCGGGUCUGCCUCGAGUUCCUGGUCGAUUUUAAAGAGAGAACAUACAGGGAUAAAACAAAAUUAUCUCCCCGAGAAUCGCCGCUCCCUUUUGAACAAGAAAAGCACAGCGUCCUCCUCGCCUCCGUCACUCUGCACAUCCUCAGAGGCACCAUGGCCUUCCGCACCCGAGUAGCUCUCUCAGAUCAAACCGGCUAG